CGGGCCGGCGCGGCGGGAGUGAGGACGAAGAACCUGAGCUCCUUCGCUAGUCCGCGGAACGGCCGAAAGUGGGACUGGUUAUUACCCGGACUUGCUUGACUGACGCCCUUCCUUUUUCUCUCUGGAGAGAGGGACGGGUAGUUUUGUGCCGGGGUCUGCUUGGGCUGCGGGCGCCGACCUACUAUGCCACAAAACGAGUAUAUAGAGUUACAUCGGAAGCGAUAUGGUUAUCGCUUGGAUUACCAUGAAAAGAAAAGGAAGAAAGAGGGCCGUGAGGCUCAUGAGCGCUCAAAGAAAGCCAAGAAAAUGAUUGGAUUAAAAGCUAAACUGUAUCAUAAACAGCGCCAUGCGGAGAAAAUACAGAUGAAAAAAACUAUUAAGAUGCAUGAAAAGAGAAAUAGCAAGCAGAAGAAUGAUGACAAGACCCCAGAAGGCGCUGUACCAGCAUACCUGUUGGAUAGGGAGAGCCAAUCACGAGCAAAAGUUCUUUCCAACAUGAUCAAACAGAAACGAAAAGAAAAAGCUGGGAAAUGGGAGGUUCCUGUACCCAAAGUCAGGGCCCAGGGAGAAACUGAAGUGCUCAAAGUGAUUCGCACAGGAAAGCGAAAGAAGAAGGCUUGGAAAAGAAUGGUUACAAAAGUAUGUUUUGUUGGGGAUGGCUUUACCAGAAAACCUCCAAAAUAUGAACGCUUCAUUCGACCAAUGGGUUUGCGAUUUAAGAAGGCCCACGUAACACAUCCUGAACUUAAAGCCACGUUUUGUCUACCUAUUCUUGGGGUAAAAAAGAAUCCUUCUUCUCCUCUAUAUACUUCUUUGGGGGUAAUCACAAAAGGUACAGUCAUCGAGGUGAACGUGAGUGAACUUGGUCUUGUCACCCAAGGGGGCAAAGUAAUCUGGGGAAAAUAUGCACAAGUAACCAAUAAUCCAGAAAACGAUGGGUGCAUUAAUGCAGUUUUGCUUGUAUAAUGACACUGCAGUUAUGGAUGUGCAAGCUUUUCCACACACAGAAGUGCCUCUGCAGCAACCUCUAAAAGACAAAGGACAGUUGCAGAACUGACUUUUUUCCAAAUAUUACCAAAAAUAAAGGAACAAACCUGGAUUGAAACUGAAUCCCAAUCAUUGCAAGUAUUUGAUUUAUUGGAGCUGUGAUACUUUUUCUGGAAAGAAGAAACUCGAUCAGGCUUCCUUUCUUAACGUUGUGAACUCUAGUCAGAAUGGUGUUUAAAAUGAGUAUCAAAUCCCUCAAGAUGGAAGGUUCCACAAUAUGUGAGGAGAUAAUGGGAUUGUUUCUGUUGAUCAGGCCACUCUGUAUACCAAGAAUGCCUCUUGUCUGUUUAACACCUUAAAGAUGUAUGGCUCUCUUCUAAGAAGGAAUAUUGAUUUAAGUUCAAACCCUGUCACAUUUUAAACACAUGGCAGGUUAGGCUGCCUGAUAAAACGUCCCUCCCUAUGAAUGCUUUCGAGCACAGCUUCCAGAAGCAGGCUUAUGGAAGUUCUACAUCAAAACGUUUGGAAGUCAGCACAUUGGCUGUUCUGACAUUAACUGAGUAUGUAAUUUUUGUACAACACUGACAUCAAAUAAUUAUCAGUGACUUGUAUAGAAUUUGGAUUUUGGAUGUUAAAACUCAAAGGUAGUAAAUUAUCCAAAUUGGCAAGAUCAAGUUAUCGGGAGGAUGUCUUGUAAAGAGUUAAAUGUCUUGACUAGAAUGGUAAAUAAGACUUUUAUAACCACCUAAAAUUAUCUUAGAAAAUAGAGUAGCAAUAUUCCUUGUUUCUUGCAUACAAUGGCACCCUUUGCUGUCAGUUCUUCCAGCACUAAGAAAGUAGGGUACAUAUUGACAGGCAGUGGCGAAAGCUAGUUUUCUGCUUUCUCUGCCAAAUUUCAUACACAUGGAACACAAUUAUUCUGGCAAGUUGAAGCAUGAGAUUAUUCCAACUUGGCAGAUUUCUAGGAGCAUCUUUGUAGUGGGAAAGCAUAUUCAUAGUAUAUCUUAUGUCAUUAGUUCCAGGGGAAAUGAUCUCAGCAUACAAAGUAUUUAAGCCUUAAUCUGGGAAUGUGUGGGUGACUGAUGUGUAUACUUGUUUUAUAUAUGUUGAAACAUUUCCUGUAUUAGCCUAAUGCAUACUGUCUUUGAUGCUGUCAUCACUUUCUAAGAGUUUUAGCUGAAGUGCUUUUUUUCUUCAUAUGUAGUCAACUGUUUGAUGAAACUCUAAAGUUACUAAGUUGCUCCUAUCAGUGUAAUAGAACUCCAUCAGAGAGGAAGUAUUGUUAGAAGGCUGCAAUUUUCCCUUACUCUUUCCUCUGCAAUCUGGGACUAGUGUCAUCCCUAUCAUUGUUGCAGAGUUCCCCAAAUCUUCAGUAUGAGGAGGUUGACCUAGCCAAGAUUUGAACAGGAUAAGUAGGAUCAAAAGCCUGGAAUAUUAACAAUAUAGAUUAGUACUCCCAUUUUUGAACAGUAUCUCUAACAGCAAGGCUACUGCAACCAAUCUUAACAUUCUUUGCCACAUUCAGUAUGUAUAACACAAAAUGUUAUAUUGUAUUAAGUUCAAUUUGUGAUCAAGAGACUAGCUACACACAUUUCUCCUGCUUUAUAAAAACAGGGCAUUCAAGCUUAUUAUUCCCAAUGACUCUGAGAAGAUUCUUGCUGUAUGUAAUACAUAAUAUCUCAGUUAUUCAAGACUUAGUGGAGCAAAGUUCCCAUUGAACCUAAGGAAUCGGAUUUAUUUCCCAGCUAAAUGUAGAAAUCUUAUCAUUGGCCCCUUGUUCCUUCUGCUGGCCUAUUGUGUCUGGUUAGAUUCCAUCAAGUUAUAUUUGGACCACUGGUGACUGCUUGGACAAAUGCUCACCUAUCCUGACUUAUCCCAGUCCAUGGCUAAGAAGAGACUUCAAGCUAGUAAGAACAAUGAGAAAAUUAAAAAUGUAAGUUUAAUCAGUUAGAAACACAUUAGAAACAAUACACACUAAAAGGGAGAAACAAUACAUUAAUAUAGGACAGAAUUAUAUUAAAAGUUUUAUCAACAGCACAACUCCCCAGAACAUUGGAUGCCCAGUUUCUGAUAAAUUCCUUAAAUUAAAAGCAAAUGCUGUGGUGGUGAUGAUGAAAAUGAAUAUUGUUCUGCAACUUAACUACACUGCAUUACGAUUCAUAAUUAAGUAAUGUCCAUAAACAACAACAAACCACAACAUUUCUAUUGAGCUAAAAGGUAAACGUUUUAUUAAAUUUAUGUGGAAGAGAUUCUACAUACUUCAUGCAAUAGGUACAGUAAAGCAGUUCAUGAAAUCAUACUUGAAAAUGGUAACGUGCAUGAAAUGUAAAAUACACCAUGACAUUGGAAGCAGUAAGAACCUGAAUAAUGAGUUCCUAGAAAACUAACAAUUAAAAGUAAAGUUGAGUUCA